AAUGCCGUUGUAGUAUAAAGAAUAUGUACCUCGUGUUUUCCGCAUAACGGCAUAACCAAAGCCGAAGGGAAGGAGGUGAUUUUCCCAUUUCUGAUAGAGUGAGACCUCCGGGAGGAGGAGCGCGUGAUGGCGGAGAAGAGGAAGCAGGCGGAGCACGACAGCGGCGACGUCGUUUUCGGGAGGCAGAAGAAGGUGCGAGAGGACACCGUGACGGAGGACGAGGUGGAGGAGUUCUUCGCGAUUCUGAGACGAAUACACGUGGCGGUCAGUCACUUCAGGAAGGUUGACGGAAACGGCGCAAGGAUGACGGCAAAGGAAGGGUCAAGGAGAUUGAGGGAAAUCCUGGAGGGGGAGAGUGUGGUGGCCGUUAACGGCGUGAAAGGGGGGAAGGGGACGAGGAGAUCAGAAGAGGAGAAUGUUACUGCGGGUUUUGACUUGAACGCGGAUCCGAGUCCGGAAUGUGACCCGCUCUAGACGGAUCCUAUUAUGUGACUGUAUUAAUUGUUAUUAUGUUAAUAAUUGUUUACCUAACACCCUUUGAAUUGUUGAAAGAGAAAUGUGGAAAUUACUUUU